GACGCAGACCGCGCCGUCCUCGCACUGGGGGAGACGCAGGGCUGGGCGCGCUGCCCGGGCUGCGAGACGAUGAUCGAGCUGAACCAUGGGUGCUUCCACAUGACGUGCCGCUGCAAGACGGAGUUCUGUUACGUUUGCCAGGCGAGAUGGAAGACGUGCACAUGC